AUGCGUGAAGCUAAUCAGGCGGUGAAAAGAGAGAAGCAUCUGAUGCCUACUGUGGACGAUCUCAUCACUGAUCUUAAUGGUGCUAUGGUAUUUAGUAAGCUGGAUCUCUCGUCUGGAUAUCAUCAAUUUGAAUUAUCUCCGGAAAGUCGGAACAUUACCACUUUUUCCACCCACGUUGGGCUUAGAAGAUAUAAACGUCUUUUAUUUGGAAUUAAUGCAGCAGCUGAAAUAUUUCAGAACGCUAUCGAAGAAAUCCUGGCCGGCUUACCAGGAUGCAAGAAUAUAUCAGAUGACAUUAUUGUCUUUGGUAGAGGUCAGAAAGAGCACGAUACAAACCUACGUGGAGUUCUCGAAAGAUUGAAGCAGUAUAACAUUCGUCUAAAAGAAAAAAAAUGUUCAUUCUCACAGUCGACGAUUAUGUUCUAUGGUCAUAUCUUCUCCGCGGAGGGAAUUAAACCAGAUCCCAAGAAGAUCGAUGCCAUCAAAGCUAUGAAUCCACCUGAGUGUUCAAGUGAAGUGAAGUCACUCCUAGGAAUGGCGCAGUAUGUGUCCAGAUUUAUUCCCGAUUAUGCCAAGAUAACAGCCCCACUACGAAGCCUCACUAAGCAAGGUGUUGACUGGAAAUGGACCGAGGAAGAACAGACGGCUCUCGACAAUUUGAAAGAAGCGCUUGCUGGAGAUAAAGUGAUGACGUAUUUUGAUCCAAGAAAGAAGACGGAAAUCGUUGUUGAUGCAAGCCCAGUAGGACUUGGUGGUCUACUGAUGCAAGAAGGAAACGUUGUUAGCUACGCAAGCCGCACUCUUAGUGAAGUCGAAGCAAGAUAUUCUCAAACAGAAAGAGAGAUGCUAGCUGUAGUUUGGGCUGCUGAACAUUUCCACCUAUACGUUUACGGUUCAAAGUUCCACAUCAUCACCGAUCACAAACCCUUACUUGGUAUUUUCAAGAGCAGUAAAUCCACAUCGACCCGCAUCGAUCGAUGGAAGUUGAGACUUAUGCCUUAUGAUUGUCAGUUGUUCUACCGGCCUGGAAGAAACGAAGAAAAUCCAGCGGAUUUUAUAAGUCGUCACCCGAAUGCCUCGGAAGUCCAAGAGCAGAACGUAGCAGAGGAAUACACCAACUAUGUUUGUAUCAAUGCAGUUCCAAAAGCCAUGACUAUCGAGGAUGUAGAAGUUGAAACUCAGAAAGAUCCAACAAUGCAAGCCGUGAUAAAGGCAAUUGAAACCGAUAACUGGUCAACCCCCGAAGUUCAGGAGUACACGAAGAUCAAACAAGAAUUAACAGUUCAUAAAGGUACAAUCCUGAGGGGAAAUCGCCUUGUGAUACCACCAACGCUGAGAAAUAAAGCUGUGGAUCUAGCACACAUUGGGCAUCAAGGUGUCGUGAAAACAAAAAGAUUGUUAAGGGAGAAAGUCUGGUUUCCUGGCAUAGACAAGCUUACAGAAGAGAAGAUAAGAAAUUGUCAUCCUUGCCAAGUUUCAACACCCGAAAGCUCAAAACGCUCAGAACCUCUGAAGAUGACCCCAUUGCCCAGUGGUCCUUGGAAAGAAGUGUGCAUCGAUUUUGCUGGACCUUAUCCUUCGGGUGAAUAUAUCAUGGUGGUUAUCGACGAAUACAGUCGUUUUCCAGAGGUUGAAAUCUUGACUUCCACAUCAGCUAGAGCAGUGAUACCGACACUUAAAAAGCGACAAUGGUCCUCCGUUUACUAG